UUCCGAUAAAACGAUUUACAAACCUGAUAAUAAGUUGAAUAUAUUUACACAAUUUGGGGGUUAAUUAAUGUGUGUAUGAAAGUAUACAGAAAGAAAUCAAAAGAUAUGUGUAAUAAAUACGGAAGUUAAAUUCAAUUAACAAGGACAUGUAAAUCUAUUUUCACAUACCAUACAUUCUUCGGAACAAUGAGUGACAUUCAUUCCAACGAAGCAAUAGAACGUUUGCGACAAAAGGUGAAAGCGGCGGAUGACUCUCUUCAUGACGUUCUACGUAUGGUAGAAACUGUUAGCACCCAGCAGAAGGAUAUAAACAGCAUGAACAUGAAACUUAAAGAAUCAGCCCAGAAGAUUUUCACGCUUGAGGCGCAGUUGGACAAAUCUGUUUCUGCAAGAACAAUGCAGAGCAAAGAAAUCCAAAUACAACAAGACAAACUAGAGAGAUCAAAAGAGGAGUGCCAGAAGCUGACAUAUUUAAACCGCGUAGAAAAGCAGAAGGCGGGAGAGUACGAACAAAAGUUAAGAGAUUUGAAAUCGUCCAAAGACUAAAUAAUGAAAUAUAUGAAAUAUAAGGAUUUGAAAAUUCAGCACCUCGAGAGUGAUGCGGUACAGCAUGAACAUAAGAUAGGAAUGCUUGAAAAUGUUUUGGAAAUUCAGAAAUCUAAAUUGAACGAAUUGCGAACGGAUUUGGAAAAUAGCCAAAGAAAUAAGAGAGAAAAGCUAAAGCUGUUUGGAAGAAAUGAAGAGGAGAUGCCAAGUUUAUGCAGUACAACUGAAUCGAUUCACCCUGAUAGAAAAUUAGAAAAGGAAAAAAAAGAGUUAAAAAGUAAUAGAACAGCAGAAGCUUGCAAGCAGACAAGCGAGCAAAUUAGUGGAAACCAAGAUCAACCAAACGAUGCAAGAAAUAAUCAAGGGAAAACUAAACUAACAGAGGCAGAUGAUGAUACCGUCAGAGAGUCAGGAGAGAAUGUGUUGUGCGAGCCAGAUGCAGAGACGCAGGACAAAGACAGACAGUCAGAAGGACAGGAAAAAGAAAGUACUAAAGGACAAGAAAUCGAUAAGGAAAAGAAAUAUAACACACGGCGAAUUCAAGAAGAAUGUCGUCCAAAAGAAGAUAAUACUGCAAACGGACUAAAAGAUGUAAAGAAGACGGAAACUCAAGGCACAACAACUGAACCAGUACGGCCUAAUAGAAAAUUAGAAAAGGAAAACAAAGAGUUAAAGAUAAAAGUUCAAGAAAAGGAAGAGAUGUUGGCAAUGCUAAAGCAGGACUUGGAGGAGAAAGAAAAGUUAAGUGAAAUGGCAGGUAGACGACUUACUGACAAUAACCCAAACAUAGCAGAUCUGAGUGAUUUAAACAGACCAACAAAACUGGCAGAAAAAUACGCCGAGUUAUAUGAUAACGAUUGGACAGACGCGUUUUCAUAUCUGGAAAAUUUAGCUGCGUAUAAAGGUUCAGAAAGGACAGUGAUAACUGCAUUAAUGACCAUGCUUACAACAGCAUACAAAAUGUCAUUGAAAACUGCAGAAAACCAGUUACAGGCGUUGUAUCAUAUUUUGAGCGAUUUUCAUGGGACUACACUACAUCAUGAUCAGCAAGUAAAAGAUGUUAUAAAACAAUUGAAAGGUCAAAGAAAAAGAGCUAUCCAGCCUAGCAAAGAUUUAACAGAGAAAUACCGAAAGGAAAUAGAAAAGGCGUUUCCUGAACUUGAUUCUUCAUUAUUUGAAUCUGAUGCAUUGAAGCUCUACCUUCAAAAAUGUUUAGAAUUGUGUUGGUUGAUGGCAAUUCAAGACCCUCCGGUUCAUUUGAAAUGUGAAGGUUGCAAAAAAGGUGAUCGGUUUGAUAAAAAUAUGUUUAAAGAGUUUACACAAGCUGGACCGUUUAUAAUAUAUACUGUCUGGCCUGCUGUGUUCUUGGAGAAGGAUGGUGCUCUCCUAUGUAAAGGUGUUGUUCAGUGUGCCAAGCUGCGCUCCAGAUCCUUUCGUUCAUCGCAGGAGAAAACUGUCAUUCGAGUGCCAAUGAAAUCAGCUUCCGUACGUGUAACUGGAACUCAGGCGCUUACCACAGUUCAUAGUGAUAAAGUCGACAGGGGAACGAUCGUCGUAACGGAAGAUGGCCAUUCAGAAAAACGAAACUCACAAACAGCAACAGAUGUUGACAGCACAGAUUUACGGAUACAAGAAAGUGAAACUAGAAUUACACAAUUAUAAAACAGCAAAUUACUAGAUAUACAUUGAAAUGUACAUUAAAUGUAAAUCUGAAAAAUAUUUCAUAUAAUGACAAUAUAUGAACAAAAUAUAUACAUGAUAUAAUGAGAGAUGAAAUCAUUCAGCAAUGCAGACAAAACACACACUCCCACGCAGGGUGCAAUACCGUUUUAUACGAUACAUUCCAUAUAAUUAUGUUUCUUAUGAAAUUAUAGCCUUUAUCAAAAUAUUUAAUAUCAAUUUCGAUGACAGCACUGAAAGAGUCGAUGUCAAUUUAUUUUGCAAAUAUUCACUAUUGUAUAAAUAUAAGGCAUGUAUUCUUUAAGAUAACGAUAAUUUUACUGUUUGUCCGAUUGUAUUCCUUGGGACGUUCGAUAGUGCGUUCAACUGGAAACAAUCUAGGGUGAUAAAUUAUACGCUACUGGACUAAUUUUAAGGCGGCAGUAAUGACUUCAGUAGACUAAACAAUGUAAACCGCGCAAGGCAGCUUUUUAUCUUGAAAUGAAUUCGAAUAUGAAUUUACAUAAACUUGUUUCGGUACAUCAUUGUGUCAAUAUAUACAAAAUGUAGGUAUAUAACAAUUAAUGAUAGAUAAUGGAUAUUUUUGCAAGACAACAUUUAUGACGCGAUUCAAACUAUUUGCUUUCAAUUAUUAUCUUAUUAGAUUAGUGAUGUCACGGAAUCGUAUAUAUUCUUUAUCGUGACGUGUCAGAAAUAUGUAAUCAGAUAUUUUAGCACAAAUAUGCAUUUUUAUAUAUAUUUCUAAUUAUUAUAGAAAAUGUUAUCAACCUGUAUUUCACUAUGUAAGCUUGAAUACUUUAAUGCUCAAGUACACUUAAUUAUCAUUGCAACACUGGAUUUAGACGAUGAAUAGACUCCUUGUCUCUUAUCAUAUUAGUUCAUGUUUCAAAAAUAAUCUGAAUUAUGUACCUACGUAUUUACGGAUGAGAUGUAUCACUUGCACACAAACAUAAGGAAAACAUUCCAAAGGAAUGAGAUCGUAUUGUGUUGUUUGCAGAUACCCUGUAGCAGAGUUAUUCAAAAUUUUUACUCUUAUACUGUAAUUUUGCAAUCUGGAAGCCUGUGUCGUAUAUCAUCUUUCAAAAAGGUCUACAUUUCGGAUUAAAAUUAGAUAUGUUUAGCCCACUAGCAGAGCUUGUCCUCUUUCCAGCAACAGCUUUCUCAACAUAGUUUACCAUGUGAAAUUAUGUCGGAUUUAACUUUAUAAAAUAAAUCAUCUGUAUGUUGACAAAUUAUGUCCCAGAAGGUAUUUCAUGUUUUUCAACUAUUUCUUGUCAUAUUUAGAUAUAUUUUACCGGCCAUGUUCCAGCCAACAACAUUCCUGUUCCAACGAUGUAUUAUACUGCAAUGUGACUUCUGUCGUUUUUCCAUUUACCGUUUUUGGUCACAUUGUGUCCAAAAUUCAAAAUAAGGCAUUUUAUGUAUUUAAACAGCUCUGUUCAUGGGUAGAAACAGAUGGAAAAUACAGUUCGAUUAAGUAUUUUGCUUCACGUGCGACUUGUAAGUGUUUAAGCAUGUUUUCUAUGUUCCAGUGAUACAUGUCUAAAUGGUCACAUUGUGUCAUGGUCACAAUGUGUUUAAAUGUGGUCAAUCACAUUUGAGCAAUAUUUAAUGACAUUUUACAGUUUUCAUAUAUUCUGCUAGAGAUUUAUUUAAGGAACAAAAGAACCCAUUACAUAAAGUUAGAUUCCUACUCGAAAUGUAUAUUUCAUUACUUUUCAUGAAAUUUUGCAAUUACCUCCCUUUAAUACAAAAGUAUUAAAAAAAAUUGACUAUUUCUUUAGGUUUUAAUAUAAUGUCUAGUUUUACAUUUGUAUUUGAGAAAUAUUGGGAUAUUUGAACUGCCUGAAACAAAAGGCAAGUUUUAAAACAGCAUGUAGCUCUAAAAUUCAUUCGUUUUCAAUCUAUCUUGGUUGCGCAACGUAGAUAGGCAAAGGGAGGUAAUAAUAACUUUAUAUAUUUGCAUUUCUAAUGAAAUUUGGCAAAAUAUAUACUUGUUAAUGUAAAUCUUGGACAAAUUUAAUAAUUAUUAUUAUAAAAGUGCUUAUAUUCAUAUCAAAAUUAAAAUAUUUGAAAGUUUCUAACAAAGAUGUUAUAUUAGAAAACAUGAAAAUCAAAAUGCAACCCAUUUUGGUAACGCAAUAAAGAAUUUAUCAUGUAGAUGUUCAACUUAGUUCAGUACCAGUUUGUUCAUGCCAAGGCCGUAUUUGACAUUUUCAUAACCAUCAUUGGUUUCUAGAAAACAAAGAUUUGUUUUUUAUGAAUUUGAAUCGCAAACAUACCAAAAUAGUGUUUAAAAGGUAAAAG